AUUGUGAAACGUGAGCAGUUCACAGCUGGACAUCCGUCAGCAUGCUGGGCUUUCUGAUACUGGUGUGGAUAUGCAUCUUCAUCCUGUUCCUCUUCAUCCAGAUCCCGAGGCCAAAGAACUUUCCUCCAGGACCUCGUCCUCUGCCAUUAUUUGGGAAUUUGCUUGAGCUAAACAUCAAUAAUCCUUUGAAAGAUUUCGAGAGGCUGGGAGAACGCUAUGGAAAAGUUUACAGUCUGUACCUUGGAUCAAAGCCUUGGGUGGUUCUGAAUGGUUUUGAGGUUUUGAAGGAAGCUCUUGUUACUAAGGCUGUGGACUUUGCAGGACGUCCUCAGGACCUCAUGGUCAACCAUGUUACAAAAGGAAGCGGUGUAAUUUUGUCUGACUAUGGCCCCAGUUGGAAAGAACACAGACGCUUUGCUCUGAUGACCCUGAGAAACUUUGGCCUGGGGAAGCAGUCGAUGGAGGAGAGAAUUCUGGGAGAGGUUUCACAUGUUGUUGCUAAAUUGGACAAAAGAGUUGGAAGCUCCUUUGACCCUCAGACUAUGUUCCACAAUGCUGCUUCAAAUAUCAUUUGCAUUGUUCUGUUUGGAUCCCGAUAUGAUUAUGACGAUGAAUUCCUCAAGCUUUUCGUUCACGUCUAUACAGAGAAUGCAAAGAUUGCCAAUGGACCGUGGGCCAUGAUAUAUGAUACAUUUCCUAUGUUGAGAUUUCUGCCCCUGCCCUUCAAGAAGGCCUUCAAAAAUGCCAGCACGGCCAGAGAAUUGUCUGCACAACUGGUCAAUGAACACAAAAAGACAAGAGUCCCAGGAGAGCCCAGAGACUUCAUUGACUGCUAUAUGGAUGAGCUUGAUAAGAGAGGAAACGAUGGUUCCUCGUUUACUGAAGCUCAGCUUAUCCUGUACAUUCUGGAUUUGCACUUUGCAGGGACUGAUACCACAUCCAACACCCUGCUCACUGGUUUUCUCUACCUCAUGACCCACCCAGAGAUUCAAGCAAAAUGUCAGCAAGAGAUCGAUGAUGUUCUGGCGGGUAAAGAUCACGCAUCGUAUGAAGACAGACAUGAUAUGCCGUACACAAUGGCUGUGAUUCAUGAAGUUCAGCGCGUCGCUAACACUGUACCGUUAAGUGUGUUUCACUGCACCACCAAAGACACUGAGCUGAUGGGCUACAACAUCCCGAAGGGAACUUUUGUUAUUCCUAACCUCACUUCUGUACUAAAAGAAGAAGGCCAGUGGAAGUUUCCUCAUGAAUUUAACCCAGACAACUUCCUGAAUGAGCAGGGCCAGUUUGAGAAGCCUGAGGCCUUUAUGCCUUUUUCUGCAGGUCCCCGCGUGUGUCUUGGUGAGGGUCUUGCGCGUAUGGAGCUCUUCCUGGUCAUGGUCACUCUGUUGCGCCGUUUCCAGUUUGUGUGGCCCGAUGAUGCCGGGGAACCAGAUUACACCCCAGUGUACGGGGUCACCCUCACCCCCAAACCCUACAGAAUGCACAUCAAGUGCAGACAGACAGUCAAAUUAAGAGACAACAGCUGGACAUCAGUCAACAUGCUGGGCUCUUUGUUUCUCGUGUGGAUAUGCAUCUUCUUCGUCUUCCUCCUAGUCCGGAUCCAAAGGCCGAAGAAUUUUCCUCCAGGACCUCGUCCUCUGCCAAUAAUUGGGAAUCUGCUUCAUGUGAACAUGGCCAAUCCUUUGAAGGAUUUUGAAAGACUUGCAGAACAAUAUGGGAAAAUUUUCAGUCUGUAUACUGGAUCAAUACCAACAGUUUUUCUGAAUAGUUUUGAGGUAAUUAAGGAAGCUCUGGUUACGAAGGCUCAAGACUUCUCAGGACGGCCUCAACACUUCAUGAUCAGUCAUCUCUCGGAGAAUAAAGGUGUUAUUUUGGCUGAUUAUGGCCCCCGUUGGAAGGAUCAUCGACGCUAUGCUUUGAUGACCCUGAGGAACUUUGGGCUCGGGAAGGAGUCCAUGGAAGAGAGAAUUCUAGGAGAGAUUUCACACAUUGUUGCUUACUUCGACAAAAACGCUGGAGAAACUGUGAAUCCUCAGAAUAUGUUCCACAAUGUUGCAUCAAAUGUUAUCGGAUUGGUUCUGUUCGGAUCCCGUUUUGAUUACAACAAUGAAUUCCUUCAGCGCUACGUCCAGCUCGUUACGGAGCUUUCAAAGAUCUUCAAUGGACCAUGGAACAUGAUAUAUGACACACUUCCUUUAUUGAGAAUCUUGCCCCUGCCUUUUAAAAAAGCCUUUGGUCAUGUGAAGAAGUUAAAAAGUAUGAAUAGAAGUCAGAUUGCUGAACACAAGAGCACAAGAGUCCCAGGAGAGCCGAGAGAUUUCAUUGACUGCUAUCUGGAUGAGCUUGAUAAGAGAAAAAAUGAUGGUUCCACCUUUUCUGAAGACCAGCUCAUUAUGAAUAUUCUGGAUUUGCACUUUGCCGGGACUGAUACCACUUCCAACACCCUUCUCACUGCUUUCCUCUACCUCAUGAACCACCCAGAGGUUCAAGCAAAAUGUCAGCAAGAGAUCGAUGAUGUUCUGGUGGGUAAAGAUCACGCGUCGUAUGAAGACAGACAUGAUAUGCCGUACACAAUGGCUGUGAUUCAUGAAGUUCAGCGUGUCGCUAACACUGUACCGUUAAGUGUGUUUCACUGCACCACCAAAGACACUGAGCUGAUGGGCUACAACAUCCCGAAGGGAACUGUAAUCAUUCCCAACCUCACUUCUGUACUAAAAGAAGAAGGCCAGUGGAAGUUUCCUCAUGAAUUCAACCCAGCCAACUUCCUGAAUGAGCAAGGCCAGUUUGAGAAGCCUGAGGCCUUUAUUCCCUUCUCUAUAGGUCCCCGCGUGUGCCUCGGUGAGAGUCUUGCGCGUAUGGAGCUCUUCCUGGUCAUGGUCACUCUGUUGCGCCGUUUCCAGUUUGUGUGGCCCGAUGAUGCCGGGGAACCAGAUUACACCCCAGUGUACGGGAUCACCAUGACGCCCAAACCCUACAAAAUGCAAAUCAAGUGCAGACAGACAGUGAAACAAUAAAUCAUAAUGCCAAAUAUUACAGGAUUUAAUUUGAUAAGCAGAUUAUCUUUGAAUACCUAAUAUUAAUUGUAGCAAUAUCUACAAAAACUCUGAUACUGCAUAUAAAGUUACAGGUAAUCGAGCACAACAGUCAGGUUCUGGAAGUAAAAGUUCAAUUAUUUUUCUCCAUAAUGAUAAUGUAUUAAACUUUUUCAAUAUGGGCCUACCAUGAGCUUCAAAGUGGUUGAAGUGCUGAUAUAUAACAUGCUUUGUAUUUAAAUAAUUUACUCACCCCCAUGUCAUCCACGAUGUUCAUGACUUUCUUUCUUCAGUCGAAAAGAAAUUAAGGUUUUUGAGGAAAACAUUCCAGGAUUUUUCUCCAUAUAGUGGACUUCCAACAAUUACCAAUGGGCUGAAGGUCCAAAUUGCAGUUUAAAUGCAGCUUCAAAGAGCUCUACAUGAUCCCAGCCAAUAAGGGUCUUAUCUAGAGAAACGAUCUGUUAUUUUCUAAAAAAAAAAAAUAAAAAAAUUAUAUACUUUUUCAACACAAAUGCUCAUCUUGCACUAGCUUUGCGAUCCGCCACGCAUGACAUAAUCACGUUACAAAGGUCACGCAUGACAUAGGUUAAAUACAGAUUAAGUGUCUACAAAGCUAAUGUGCAAAGAUUACAAACGACCUUUACAAAAAUAAGAUAAAACAACGAUAACAACGAUCGUUUCGCCAAAUAAGUCCCUUAUUCCUCGGAUGGGAUCAUGUAGAGCCCUUUGAACCUGCAUUGAAACUGAAAUUUGGAUCUUUCUGAAGUCCACUAUAUGGAGAAAAACCAUGGAAUGUUUUCCUCAAAAACCUUAAUUUCUUUUUUGAAUGAAGAAAGAAAGACAUGAACAUCUUGGAUGACAUGGGGGUGAAUAAAUUAUCAGGAAAUUUAAUUCUGAAGUGAACUAAUCCUUUAAUAGCUGAAUUCCUGUUCAGCUACACUACCCAUAAUCCCAAAGUGAGCUCUGUCAGUGAAGUCACUGAAAUCCCUAUGGAGAAAAUUAAUAGGAAGAAUAUUUCUGAAACCAAGGCUGCUGAAAAACUGUGUGGUAAUUAAUAAAAUAAAUGUCUAUUAUAAUUGUUA